AUUAAGAGAGGUACCGACUCCGUCCCACCCAGGAGGCAGUGGCUGGCCUCCACCCUGCGGAGGCGAGAAGAGGGCAUUUCUUCACUCCUGGAAAGGGAAGGGGGGCGAGAAUUCUAUCUGCGUCUCCCUGGGAGGAAUUCCGGGGCCUACCUGUAGCCACUGGGGUCCCACCUGGGUUGAGGGUCCACUUUUCACCUUUUGGGAGGAAAAGAUGGACUGGAAGACGCUGCUGCUGCUGCUGUUAUAUUACAAUGCUCAGGCUACAGUGUCCCACAGGUGGAGCCGGGCCAAGCUCUUCCCUGCUGCUCAUCGGCCAAAGAGGUCGCCAUCCAUGCCGUUGAACCCAAUCCUGCAGACCUCCCUGGAGGAAGUAGAGCUGCUCUACCAGUUCCUGCUGGCCGAGCUUGAGAUCAGCCCUGCCCUGGAGAUCUCCAUCAAGGAUGAGGAGCUGGCCUCGUGGAGGAAGGCCUCGAACUUCCACACCGUCUGCAAUGAUGUGAUCCCCAAACGCAUCCCAGAUAUCCGCCGGCUGAGUGCCAGCCUGUCCAGCUACCCUGGCAUCCUCAAGAAAGAAGACUUUGAAAGGACGGUGCUGACCCUCGCCUACGCAGCCUAUCGCACAGCCCUGUCCCAAGGGUAUCAGAAGGACAUCUGGGCCCAGUCCCUCAUUAGCCUCUUCCAGGCCCUGAGGCACGACUUGAUGCGAUCCUCAAGUCCCUAAGUGCCUCCCUCAGAGACUGGCCCACAUCAGGACCUUGGAACAGGGACCAGCACACACAGUAAUCCAGAAAGUUCACUCUCUACUCCAUCUCCAGAGGCCAGCCACAAGCACACCACUAACAGAGAGUGGCAGAGAUAACAUAAGAGUAACCCCAAUAUUCUUCUGCCUCUUGGUGCUUCCUGACAGACACCCCCCGAUUCGUGUCAUAAUGUGACCUGGGCAGAAAGAAAGGACUAGAGUGGUUAUUCAAGAUACCUCCAGAUACAGAAUGGUUUGCCAGGUGACACACGGAAGUUCAAGCUGUACUUCAACCAGAGAAAUUGCCACACACACCCCCUUGAGUGAGGAUACAGUACAGAAGACAUCAUAGUUUUUAGGCAUAGCAGGAAGGUGGGAAACAGAUUCCUUUGGCCUUAAGGAACCAGGGUGCUGAGGGGAAGGAACCCUAUUUCCCAAGGUUCUAUAGUAAAUGUAAAAGAGGUAGAUCCAUAUCUUAACAAAUACGUGCUCAGUCCAGGGAUGGACUGGACUUUUUCAAAAGCCAUCAGGUAGAAUCAGUUAGAAAAUCAGUCCGUGUGAGACCUCUGUGUCUUGACUCAUCUUUGCUGAAGGUCAUUCUCAUACAGAGAGGAAACAGGAAGCGGGCCUGAGAAAAGCUGCCAGUCCGUUCACACCAUCUUUUGAACAGAGAGACUAAGCUAAUGCUAAGAGGUCCUCCUAAUGACAGAGGUGGUACCAACACCCAGGCCUGUCGGUAGUUGUUUAUCCUCAUCAAAUAAUUAAGUGCUGCAGAUAAAAGUGAUUUUCAGUUGGCAGAAUUUUGCCCUUUCAAAUGCCAAAAUUUUCAUUUAAAAAAUAUUGACUUGAUAUUUAUUUAAACUGUACAUAUAUGCAUAUGUAUAUAUAGUUUAAGCUUCUAUUUGGUAUCUUAAGAUAAUCAUUUGGAACAUUCCAAUGAAGGAGGUGGAUAAGAUAAUCUCUAAGAUUCCUUCUAUCUAUUAAAUUUCUACAAUCACUUGACCAUGAGACGCUACAGGAAGGGUGCCUGGAUCUGAGAGGUCUGCUAGGCUGUUGGGACCACCCCUGCAAAGCCUGGGCUUUGCUCACUGCGUCCAGUUCUGAGGUUUCCUGCUGCCUCCCUCCCCACCAAGCUGCUUGAGCCCACCUUCCUUGCUACCAAUAUAACUUUCAUAGUUUGUUCUUCUUUAACUUCCGUUGCCUGCAAACUGAGAUAGCUAGGCUUCUAUAACUCUGUGUUCAUGAGAGUUGAAAGAUGAAGGUCUCUGCUAGUAGUGAAGUACCUACGUUCUGAUACAGAUUCCUCACCAGCACAGAGAUCUUCUGGCUUCUCCUCUCAGGUUUACAGCUGGGUUCUGGAGGCUAACACUGUAAUAAGUUUGAUCUUUGAAUGAGUUGGAUUCACUGGGCUAAAUUUGAUUCUUUAGAGGGUAUUUAAUAAUCAUCAUUUGAUGAUCAUGAGGUCCAGACUUCCUCAAAAUCUUUGAACCAAAGAACUGACUAUCAGCACUAACUGCAUGGUCUUUGGAGAAAUACUGAGAGGCCAGAAGCAGGCACUUAUCGCCAAGAAAAAUACAGCUUUGCAUUCUGAUACUCUCAGGCUCAGAAGUUUAAUAACUCUUAGCCUCGUUAUCUUUCUCACUCCCUGAUUAUACCACUCUUUAUUUCCCUCAAAGGCAGAUUCUGACGUGUGCUUUUUUGCUCAAUCUUCCUCUAACAUUACUGUUCUCUUUGACACAGUCUCUCUGCUUGUCCUUUCUUUCAUUCCAUUCUAGUUUUUGUCUCUGUUCCUUUGUAUUUUGACCCAAUUUUGAUUUUUUUUUCCUCCUGUACUGGGGAUUGAACCUAGGACCUCAUAUAUGCUAGGCAAUUGCUCUACCAGUGAGCUAUAGCCCCAGCCCUUAUUUUUUAUUUUGAAACAAAGAGUUUCUCUAAAUUUCCUAGGCUAGCUACUUGGGAAGCUGGGAUUACAGGUGUGCACCACUGUGCCCAGUUCUGAAUGUCUUUCUUUCUGUUUUUUAUACAUCUCCAAAUCCCUUCUGGUUGACUUUUGCUCACUCUCUUUGUCUGCCUUUCCAUAUGUUGACACUCGGUGUCAUUCAGUUUCCUUCGAACACAGCAAAGGUCAAUGUACAGACAAGGUCAGGAUUACUGAGGGAUGGGCCUCCUGGCCUCCCUUCACUCUGUGUACCUUUCUUGGAUGUGGGGUGGGGAGGAGACUGGCAUUAUCCUCAGUCCCUAGAUACUGUGCAAGAUGGUCAGUCUGAGACUCCACCCCCAUCAGAAUGAACCUAAGAACUUUCUUGUACUCAGAAUCAUCAGGUGGAAAGACCCAUCUGUGUAGUUCCUGCCUACCAUGUUAAACAAAGAUGGCAGCUCCCAGUGUAAGAGAUCUGGGAAUGAAGGACCAUUCCCAGGACCGAUGGGAGCAACAACAGCUCAUUCACUCAGCAACAAAAAGUGAAAGGCACUUUAUAUUCAUAAAUUAUGGCAAUCAGUGACUAAAAAAAAUAGAAAAAAAAGGACAGGAUCUUUUUAAGGACAAAUGAAGACUUCAUUUUCAACAACUAGAUUCUUAAACAUGAUUUUUGUCUAAGACAGAUAAAUUCUUACCCGCAAAAAGUUUUUAAACGAUACCUUCAUUGACAUACAAAAUCAAAUAUGCUCACCACCUCCACUCAGAAAGCACUACUGCUGGGCAUGGUGGCACAUGCCAGUAAUCCCAAUGGUUCAGAGGCUGAGGCAGGAGGAUCUCAAGUUCAAAGCCAGCCUCAGCAAAAGCAAGGCGCUAAGCAACUAAGUGAGACCCUGUCUCUAAAUAAAAUACAAAAUGGGGCUGGGGGUGUGGCUCAGUGGUUGAGUGCCCCUGAGUUCAAUCCCCGAUACCCCCAAGCCCUCCACAAAAAAAUGCCCUACUUAUUGCCCAGUGAACAACCAUAGGGUAGAAACAGACUCUCCCAUUUGACCUCAUGAGCACCACACUCUAGAUAACCACAGUCACAGUGGGGCUGCCUUUUGUCACAUUUACUCAUAGAAUAAUUUGGGGUUGGAUGUUUGUAGUGGAAACUUGCCUGUGACUUAUGGGACCAUUUUUGCCAUUUCUAUACUGCUGGGAAACUUUAGUUUCUAAAAACUCUGGAAGCUACCUGCAUGGUUGGCAUCCUUAUGACUCUCUCUGAUUGUUCAAGAGAUGAUAACAAACAUCAACAUGCUGAAACUUUCAUUGCUCUGUCAUCUCACCUUGAAUUGGAUGAAAAAAAGUUACACAAAGGGUAAAUCAAAAGGCAUUUCUAUAGGUAAACUGAUCUAAAAACUUGUCAUCUUAACUGUGUUGAAGCCUACAGUACACUAGUGUUAAAUCUAUGCACAUUGUUUUGCAGGGGUGCUUUUUGGGUUUUUUGUUAUUAUUUUGUCAUGUUUUUGUGGUGCUGGAAAUCAACCCCAGGGCCUCCCACGUGCUUGGCAAGUUCUACCACUGAGCUCUGUCCACAGUCCUGCACACUGUGCAACAGACUCUAGAACCAUCGUUCUAUCUUCUGUUCUUAAGCGUCUGGCUACUUUUGAUACCUCAUUCAAGUGGAAUCUAUCUUACAUUUCUUGAGCAUUAGAUUCCGAAGUGUUUUCUUCAUAUAAAUGGAUUGAACCCUGAAGGAGAACUACUGGUCUUACUGUGUUACGCGCCUUACCUAAUUUUAUUUAACAAUAUUCAUCUAUGGUAUAAUAAAAA